UAUAAGACGUGAUUUGGUCGUAUUGCCUCCACUUCAAGGAGGCAGGAGAGGAGCCAUAAAUUAAGAAGUGAGGUUAUUUAGUGUAAGCAUUUAGCUCCACGUUGGACGCUCCGCUUUGCACGGCAGUCUAUUGCUUAUAUUAUUAAGUUUUACAUUUUUAUAAAGAAUUUCAUUUCGGACAUGAUCUGGCUGUAUCGACCUCCUAUUUACUGUUUGGAAGCGGGAGCCAUUAAUUAAAGAAAAAGAAGAAGUGGCAAAUCGGCGGGAAGAGAUCAUAACGAUCGUAUGUUGCGUGCGAAAAGAGUUCGCGUAUUUCCGCGAGAUCAAGGUAAUCAAUCGAGAUAACGAAGUCGGGAUAAUUAUUUUCGCGCGCGGUUCCACGUGGCUAUAACAUCGUAAUGGCGACGCCGACCAACAGCAGCGGUAACCUCGUCGACGAGUUCGAAGAAUCGUUUCAGCAAUGUUUAAGUAUAUUGACAAAAGAUGAGGGAUUGGGCAACAGUGGAACCGGUGCAUCUGGCGGUUUGACAGUAGAUAAAGAUGAAGGUCGCGCAGAAAUAGAACAGGCUACCAUGAGAUUUAUAGACCUGGCCAGACAAAUGGAAGCUUUCUUUUUACAAAAGAGAUUUCUGUUAUCUGCGUUGAAACCCGAGAUGUUGGUUAAGGAAGAAAUCAAUGAGCUGAAACUGGAGUUAGCACGCAAAGAAGAAUUGAUAAAGAGACAUAACGAUAAGAUUGCCGUCUGGCAGAAUAUGUUGUCAGAUUUACAGGGAUGGGCGCAGUCACCUGCUCAAGGCCCAGCGCCCAGUGGAUUACCCAAUGGAAAUCAAAGCGGACAAAAUCAGCAGGCUACAGGAGGCGGUGGUAAUGCUUCGAUACAGCAACAACAGCAAAUACUGCAACAUCAGCAGCAAUUGCAACAGCAGUUACAGCAGCAACAGCAGCAGCAGCAGCAUCCACAAUUGCAGCAACAAUUGCAGCAGCAAAUGCAACAUUCGUUGCAACCACAGGUGCAACAGGGUUCUGGUGGCCCGCCUACGUCAGGCCUUCAAGGUGUUGGUGUGCCAGUCAAUCAGCAGGGCAUGUUCAUGGCACAGGGUGGUGUAGGUGGCAGAGCAACUGGGUUCCCGGUCGGCGGGAUGGGCAGUAGCGCUCUGCAAGGGCCCUUGGCCUACCUUGAAAAGACAACGAGCAACAUAGGGAUGCCAGAGAGGCGGAGUUGACGCGGAAGGGGGAGGGGCCGGGGCCGGGGUCGUGGAAGAGGCCGAGGUAGAGGAAGAGGCGGCGGUGG